AUGUUAUACCCUCGUUGUGUACGUUUUAUUUCCAACUGCACUUCAUUUAAUAAGUUCUUUCAGGAGCGUCAUAUUAGUUAUAUACAAGGCCAGGAACCAGAGCCAAAAAUUAGAGAAUAUUUUUAUUACAUUGAUCACCAAGGAAUGUUAUUUUUAGAUGACUCAAAAAUGAAAAACUUUACAUCAUGCUUUAAAGAAAAGAAGUUUCUGGAAUUUUUUUUCAAGAGGAUUCGUCUCAAUACUACAGGUAGAUAUCAAGAAUUCCCUUUUAUUUCGUUGUGUGGAAGGGAAAGGAAUUUUAUAAGAUGUGAUGAUCUCCCUAUAGUUUUCACAAAUAUAAUACAAGCUCAUGACAAUGAUCUGCUAUGUUAUGGAUAUGCAGGGGAUUUAUUAACUUCACAAUUUAAACCUGAUAAAAUAUUUAUGUUACCUUCAACUGGUAGAGUUUAUCACCCAGCUGAGGAUAAAUAUGGAGGGGUGGGUUUAGUGAAGUCCAAACUAGCUAUAGAGUUAAGUAAAUAUUUUGAAUUCCGCUGUGAUAAAAUACAGUCUCCAACACAUUUCAAAUGGAAAAGUAAUGUGUAUGAAUUGGAUCAGAACUGGUUUCAAGAAACAAUAACAAAGUAUAAAUUAAAAAUAAGGUCUGAUAGCUAA